AUACUCCAGCCUUUAUCCCCAGAGAACUGGGGCAAAACAAAACAAAAAGGAGAGAUAGGUCGGGGGAAAAGGUUUUGUAGAAAGAAGUUCUAAAAACCUUCCUGGAGCGACCCCUCGGUGAGAUCUGUGCGCCACGACAGCACUAGAGAAAAACGCGCUGAGAAAUGGAAAUCGCGCUCUCGGGCUUGCAGUUGCUUUGUGCGCCGCUGACCUGGCACGCGAGUGCGGUGUCGUUUGGGAGACAAAAGCUCCCCUGCCUUUUCUGGGGGUAACUACGAGCAGGGGCGCUGCAGGAGCAAGGGCUGCCUCACUCGAGCGAGCCCCUUUUCACACAUCGGUGGAGCAGGGGAGCUAGUCACCGCGCACACAGCAGGCAGCUCUGCAGCCCCGAGGCGUCCGCGUGCAAACAUGGCCGUGGCUGGCCAGCGAAACGCCUUCGGCGCGGGGAGGGGAAGCGCAGCUCCCAAAGACAGAGUUGCCUGUUGCUUGAUGGUACCAAGCGGCAGCCGCCGAGGGGCGCAGGGAGUCAUUUCCCCGCCUCUCACGCAAGGCCUCACUCAUCCCACCACCACCCGGAAUAACCCGCCGCACACACAGCGCCUCCGCCCGCCAGCGCAAACCACGAGACAGAGAUGGGUCUGCUGCCGGGCUGGGCCGAGCCGCUUUGGCAGCAGCGGCGCGUAGGGACCUUGUUCCGGGCAGGGAACAGGGGGUUAGGCUCAGCCAGCGCCGCUGAGAAGUGGCUUUAUGGGGGGGAGGGCGCGAGCGGCUCCGCUUCAGCUUCUUCCACACAGACGUAUUUCAAAUCUUAACGGCUGCUGCUCUGCCAGUUUUUGAAUGAGGAAGCAGAGCAGUAGCAGGGCCCAGCGCUGCGCCACCUCCAGGGCUGACGGGGACUGAGGGGACUCUCGCCUGUUCAGCGGAGAACGCAGUUACCAAUCUUGCCCCGCCCCCAUCAGAUGUGGGGGGAGGGGGGGGCAGCCUCAUAAACGUCUACAGCGGCCCUCCAGGCCCACCGCAAGCCCUACUCGCGUGGUGCAUUUGGGGAGCUGUAGUUUUUCAGCCCUCCCCGCCCUUGCCGACGCUGCAAUGAUAGAAACUACAGCUCCCAUGAGCCCCCUGAGGGGGGGGGAGCCCGCAUGCGCAUUGCGGAGCGGAGCCGCAGGCUGGGUGCUGCUGUUGUUACAUAGGAAACAGCUGAAAAGUCCCCACAUGACAGUGGGGGAAGGAGGAAGCGGGGUGACCCGGGGGAUGGACGUGGCUUUUACAGAGUGAGGCGCUUGGCCGCCGCAGGGAGACCCCCAGCAGCUUCGGGCCCCGACUCGAGUGGAGGGGGGCCGAGCGGAGAUCUCGCUGUGCCCCUUGAAGGAGCCCUUGUUUGCCCUUGGGGGAGGGGUUGUGCCCCCUGUUGCGGGGGCUCUGUCUGCCGGGAGCCAGGGGGACGGAGGUGACCCUCAAGGGGAGGAUCGUGCCCCCUGCAGGGGACGCUGCUUCUCUCAGGAGCGGCUGCUGAUGGGGCAGGUUUAAAUCCCUCCCUUGCAGCCAAGCGCACAGACAGCGGGGAAGUUUGAUUCAGUCCGGGCGGCAGGGACGGAUCCUGCUCCUCUGCCGGACAAAGGGGCGGCGCAGGCGGGUGAGGAGCCCGGGCGGGUCGGUGGCUUCCUCUGCUGGGAUCGGGACACUGCUGGGGCAAUGAACGGGUUCGCCCCCGAAGAGGUGACCCAGAGAGGGGGGGAUGCUGUCGCCGCCACCGUCGUUGCUGCUGUUGUGGCCAAUGCAGCCGCCACCGUGGAGGUGCCGGCGCCGGGGUUAGGUCCUGGCGCUGCCGCAGGUGCCGCCGCCGCCGGUUCCGCAGGGCCCCCCGGUGGUGCUGGCCCUGGGGCUGGGCAGCUGUGCUGCCUGCGAGAGGAAGGUGAGAGGUGCAGCCGAGCCGCCGGUAACGCCAGCUUCAGCAAGAGGAUCCAGAAGAGCAUCUCACAGAAGAAGGUGAAGAUCGAGCUGGACAAGAGCGCAAGACAUCUUUAUAUUUGUGACUUCCACAAAAACUUAAUUCAGAGUGUGCGAAACAGAAGAAAGAGAAAAGGCAGUGAUGAUGAUGGUGACUCACCAGUGCAAGACAUCGACACUCCAGAGGUUGACUUAUAUCAGUUACAAGUAAACACACUUCGAAGGUACAAAAGACACUUCAAGUUACAGACCAGACCAGGACUUAACAAAGCACAGCUUGUUGAAAUAAUUGGUUGCCAUUUCAGGACUAUUCCAGUGAAUGAAAAGGAUACCUUAACAUAUUUCAUCUACUCAGUGAAGAAUGACAAGAACAAACCAGAUCUAAAGAUGGACAGUGGUGUUCACUAGGAUGAAAAAAAUGGGACUAAUACUCAAGUUGCAGAUCUAAAGACUGUUUUUGACAUGCAGAAGCUUUCUUUGUAACUUUUUUUUCAGAGAACUUGUCUCUGAUUUUAUUUUUCAUGGUCUUGCUGACUCACUGAAAAACAACUUCCUCUAAAAUGAGAUUUCCUCAGCAAAAGUAUUUUAAAUAAAUAUUAUUAAUACUGUU